AUGUUGAUGAGCCGAAUUCUUUGCCGUGUAACCCCUCGUCAAGUGAUGACGUCGCGACUUAUCGCCAGCACGUUGGUUCGUCGUGAUGUGAAGACGCCAAUCCAGGAAUGGGGAUGGGCGUAUCUUAUGCGACAGAAGAAACUCGGACGUCCGAUCUCACCACAUCUUACUGUCUACCAACCUCAGCUUACCUGGAUGGUUUCGGGUCUUCAUCGUGUUACCGGAUGUGUUAUGGCUGGAGUACUGCUCUUCGGAAGCAUUGGAUUCGCAGCACUUCCCUUCAACUUUACACAGUUUGUUGAGUACAUCCGUAGCUGGCAUAUUCCGCCAAUUAUCACAUCUGUUUUCAAGUUUGUAAUUGCGUUCCCCAUUAUCUUCCACACAUUGAACGGGAUUCGAUUCAUCGGAUUUGAUCUUGCGAAGGGAGUGGAUAACACCAAAGCGAUCUACAAAAGCGGCUACCUGGUUCUUGGUCUCUCGGCUAUUAUUGCUGCUGCAGUGGUGGUCAAUGCCUGGCCAAAACAAUGCUGCGAAGAACACACAGCGAAGAAGCAUUGA